AUGAAGGGUGAAGGUAUACAAGGCAGUAGACAGAAGGUCCCGGGUCAUGUAAUUAGUCAACAGUCGGACGCGGGACGACGCCUGGCGUCCUGGUUGUGUGCGGUUGUGUGUGUUGCGCGCGCACCUCAUUCAAGGUUCGGGUCCGGCGGGGCGGGGGCGCGCGGGGGCCGCGGGGCGGGGAGCCGCAGCGGUCAGAGCCGAGCGCGGCUCGCGAGCGGUCGGGUGUGUGCGUGA